UAUAAGCCACUUUACCAAUUUGUGAAAGAAAACACAAAAAAUCUGCAUUUCUGUAAAUCCUCCUCAUGCUGCUAAGGAAUUUUUAAGCUGAACCAUGAAAAAACUCAAGGUUGAAGUAUGCAUGAUCUCGGCUCGCGGGCUAAAUCGGCCGUCAUCGCUGUGGAAGCUCCAGUGGUAUGCAGUUGGAUGGAUAGAUCCAAACAACAAAUACUGCACCAAGGUUGAUGCUUCUGGUAGCAAAAACCCAACAUGGAAAACCAAAUUUUCAGCAGUAAUUGCGGAUGAUAACGAUGCAUAUGAAUCGAAAUCUCCAACCUUAAAAAUUCAAGUGUUCAGUAGAGAACCAAUCUUUCUCAGGGAGAAACUUCAGGGAACAGCUACCAUUCUCUUGAGGGAAUUUGUGGACAAAUAUUAUAGUAGUACUAGUAAUGUGAACAAUUCAUCGUCGCCAUCAUCAGGGUCAGUUGAAGAAGUGGGAAGCUUUCAGUUGAGGAAGAAGACGUCUGGGAAACCACAAGGAUUGGUGGAUGUUUCUGUCAGGAUAUUCGAGGAUAGGGACGAUGUCGGUGGACGGUUUCCGACUUAUCAUUAUUCAGGCAACAAUGGAGAAGGAUUUGAAUUGGGAGGCGGAGAACGAGGAGGAAGUCAGAUGAAUGAAAUAUUUAUUGGAGGGGGGAGGUGGUCAAAUGUGGAAGACCAGCGUCUCCGCCAUCACCACCACCAUUACCAAUCCGAUCCUGAUUCUCAUCCUCAGCCGCGCCCGACAGCUCAAGGUAGGUGGUCGGAUCCAGAAGACUACCCACAUGAUCCUCGCCAGCUACCUGAUUAUUCUAAUCCUCAACAAGACUACCCCCGUGAUCCUCAUCAGCCACCUGAUCAUUCCCGUUCUCAACAACGCUCUGAAUUCCACGGUGGGGGAUUAAAUGUCAGGGACAACCAUCCACAUGCUAAUACUCAGCCAAAGGAUCAUUCUCAAUCUCCAGAAACCCAAGGUAGAUGGUCUAACGCAGAUGACGACCACCAUAUCUCACCGCAACCACCUGAUGAUUCUCAACAGCGCUCACCACAAGGUAGGUGGUCAAAUGUUCGCCGCCGCCGCCACCACAACACUAAUAAUCAGCAGAAGGAUUCUCAGUCUCAGUCUGAACUGCAACCGGAAAUCCAAGGUGGAUGGUCAAAUAUAGAAGAUCACCACCACAGCUCACAACAGCAACCUCGCUCUCAGUCACGCACAGCAGCCCCUCCAAACUGGAGACAACCAAAGGGAGUAUACCCCGAUUCCCAAUCGAUGAUGCCAAAUAACAACUCAAAUCAGCAAUCAUUUUCAGCACAGAGCACACAAGGCUCCUACAGACCGCCUCCUCCACCCCCGCCACCACCAUCUCAUGUGGGGUUUUUACCCAGUUUUCUACCAAGAGCAGAUCCCCGCUUCUCAAGUGCAUAUGCAGAUAACAGAGGACCUGGUGGUGGGACGGCCCCAGCAGGGCAAGGUGCUGGUCCCCAAAAUAACAGUGGUGCAGCAAUGGGUAUGAGUGCCGGGGCAUUAGCAGCUGGUGUAGUUCUCUUCGGUGACGAUUUCAUUUCAGGCUUUGACAUCCCACCAAAUUUGCAGGAAGAAACUCCUUAUUACUACUAGAUAAGUUCAAUCAGAUGUCAGCAUACACAACUGUAAAAUCUGUAAUGAAGUGUUUUUCUUUCUAUCAAAAAAUUUAGGUUUAAUUAUCUCUUCAAAAUCUCCAGACCUUGUGCUAUAAAUAAAUACUGUAUAUAAAUAAAUGAAUAAAAGGUACAAAUUGGUAAUAUUCACCCAAACUAAGGUCAUUCACUUUUUCAUUUCAAAAAGAUCGAAAGAGAUAAUGUACAAACUAUUCUGAGGAGAAGACUCCACCCCCUCUUUUUCUCUCUCUCCACACAGAAUGAGAUGAACACCCUCAAGGCCAUUCAAACUUCUUUCCUUCCCACCAAACACGCCUUCCUCAAAAACCAAAAACUGCCCAACAAGAACAUCAAAUUCACUACCUGCUGCAAAUCAAACGAUGCCAAGUCAGGCUCAGAAUCAUCUUCCCCCGAAGGAGAUAAGAAAAAACAAGAACUCCUAGUGAAAAUAGCAAUGCUUCAAACUCAGAAGGUUCGCCUUACCGAUUACUUAGAUGAACGCUCUGCUUAUCUAUCCGAAUUCGCUGAAAAAGCUAAUGAUGAGUUCAAUGAAAUUGGCGAAAAUGCUCUCAAAGAACUAGAUGAAGCUGAAAACAGGAUUAUGGAAAAGCUAGAGCUCAACAUGCAAUCUUUUGAAGAGAACGCAGAAUUGAACAAAUUGGUUAUUGAGGAAAAUGAGAAGAAAGUGGGAGACUUCGAAGAUCAAAUAGAUAAGGAUCGGAAUGAAGGCUUGUUCUUCAAGAACUUGGGGCAAAAAAAACCUGUAAAUCAAGUCAAAGCAAAGGAAGAAGCCAGGAAGGUCAAAGAAGUUACAAGAAAAAGUGCAGGAUCAAAUACUCGGAGAAACUUUUACCUUGCUUUACUAGGGCUGACAUUCGUGGCAGUCGCUGAUUCCUUGUUCUCUAAUCCAUCUGAUUGGAUGAAACCGGCAGUGUUAGGGCUCAUUUCAGUGGCUUUGCUUUCCCAAUUUAUUUAUGAGCAAAGUCUGUCAUCAAAAACAGAAAGAACAGAUCAAGAAGAAGAACAGAAGUGAACAGGAUGAAAGAAAGCAAGAUACUUUAUGUGUGGGUUACCAACAAUUAAACAUGGAAUAUAGCAUGAUUUAAUAAACCCGAGCAAGUACUUGCAACUCGGGGCUGAUAUAUCAUCACCUAUUUGCUUUCGCAUCAUCAAGAACUGAUCUGGGCAAUCUCUUUGCCAGACCAUAACAUGUAACCAAGUUACAAUUUCUGAUGCAAUAUGAACAUUUAUACUAUUGAAUUAAAAGCAACAAAUGUCUUAGCUAAAAGUUCCCUACUACCAAGGUGGCAGUUGGCACUGUUUAAUAUAUACCCAAGUGAAUGCUUGCAGCUCGGUGUUGAUACAGCAUCACCUAUUUGCUUUUGA